AUGGCGUAUUGGUUGCUGCUUAGAAGCAUUCUACAAUUCAAGGUAAUACAAAAAAAACUUGAUAUUAUAACACCUUUGCCUGCUUUCAGCUUACUUUCGACACAUGAAAUAAAAACUGUUACAACUAGCUUCGUUCGCUGGGUACAACAAGUAGAAUUCGCCAAAGAAUUUAAGAGUCUUAAAACGAGCAAAUCAGUUAACGGGUGUAGCAAACUUUCAUCGCUCUUUCCGUUCAUCGAUGGUGAUGGUAUUCUGCGAGUUGGAGGUCGACUUCACAACUCGUUAUGCAAUUUCGACGCACAGCAUUUAGUCAUACUCCCAAAGAAACACUUAAUAACGUCUCUCUUGAUAGAUCAGUAUCACAAACGAUAUUUGCAUCCAGGCCCGACCCUUCUCCUUUCCAUCAUGCGGCAACGAUACUGGAUUAUUGGGGGACGAAGCACAAUUCGUCAUUAUAUAUACAAAUGUCUGAACUGUUUUCGACUUAAACGCAUCAAACAACAACAACUUAUGGGAAGCCUGCCCGAAAAACGACUACAUCCAAGCAGGCCCUUUUUGCAUUGCGGCGUAGAUUACGCUGGUCUCAUCAAAAUUCGUCUCAACAAGGGUCGAGGUGCAAAAACAAGUAAAGGAUACAUCGCACUGUACGUUUGUUUCAGUACAAAGGCAAUACACGUGGAGAUGGUAUCCGAUCUAACAACAGAUGCAUUCAUUGCAUCAUUAAAACGUUUCAUUUUGCGACGGGGAAUUCCAGCUGGAAUAUACAGCGAUAAUGGGACCAAUUUUAUUGGUGCUAAAAGAAAGCUCUCAGAACUUUAUAAGAUGGUUUUAUCAACAGAUUUUAACAACAUCUUAUCCACAUUUUUAUCAAAAACGAGUGCCAGUGGCACUUCAUCCCGCCUGUUUCACCCCACUUUGGCGGAUUGUGGGAGUCAGGUGUCAAAGCAGUAA